AAGCCAUCAGAACAAAUGCAAUCAAGGCCAAGAUCGAAAAAUCAGCUGAUGACCCAAAGUGCAGACUGUGCAAGGAAACAGAUGAAACCAUUGAUCAUAUCCUCAGCUGCUGUAAGAAAAUUGCACAGACAGACUACAAACAGAGGCACAACUAUGUGGCCCAAAUGAUUCAUUGGAACUUAUGCCUCAAGUAUCACCUCCCUGCAGUUAAGAACUGGUGGGAUCACAAACCUGCAAAAGUAUUGGAAAAUGAGCACGCAAAGAUACUGUGGGACUUCCGAAUCCAGACUGACAAAGUUCUGGAACACAACACACCAGACAUCACAGUUGUGGAAAAGAACAAGGUUUGGAUCAUUGAUGUUGCCAUCCCAGGUGACAGUCGCAUUGAAGAAAAACAACAGGAAAAACUCAGCCGCUAUCAGGACCUCAAGAUUGAACUUCAAAGACUCUGGCAGAAACCAGUGCAGGUGGUCCCAGUGGUGAUGGGCACACUGGGUGCUGUGCCAAAAGAUCUCAGCCGGCAUUUGGAAACAAUAGACAUUGACAAAAUUACGAUCUGCCAACUGCAAAAGGCCACCUUACUGGGAUCUGCACGCAUCAUCCGAAAAUACAUCACACAGUCCUAGACACUUGGGAAGUGUUCGACGUGAUUUUGUGAAACGAAAUCCAGCAUAUCUAUCUUGUUUGCUGUGUCAUAAUAAAAUAAUAAUAACAAUAAUAAUAAUAACAACAACAACCUCUUGUAUAUGCAGCUUGUUUGUCCAAGACGGGAAAUCCAGGUGGUUUCUAUUGAUGUCUUUCAGCAUUUUCCACCUCCUAAUUCUUCCUAAUAAUCCUACUUUCCAGGAUGGGCUUAAUAAGUAAUAAGAUCUGCCAACGGAAAGGUAGCCAGUUCGAAACCAGAAAUUAGGUACCUCUAAUUUAGCAGGGGGGGGGGGGGGGUAUUUUACGACACCAUAAAAUGCUGAUGACUGAAAAGAAGAAGGAAGUCCUGAUGUCUCUCUGUCAUAGAAAAUGGAGCAACAGCACCACCCUGUGGCUGAACCCAAGCACAACCUCCAAGGCACUGAAGCUGGACCAAACACAACAUCCCUCCUUUCUGUCUGUUUUGUUAGGUCGGUCCAAACAGCAUUGAAUGUUUGCUUUGUAUGUGUAUUGUAAUCCACCCUCCGUCCUCUUGGGAAGAUAGGGUGGAAUAUAAAUAAAAUUAUUAUUAUUAUUAUUAUUAUUAUUAUUAUUAUUAUUAUUAUUAUUAUAUUGAGGAGAAGGGAGUAGGCUUAUUUUCUGUUGCUCUGGAGACAAUGACACUACAGAGCAAUGGAUCUGAAUUGCAGGGAAAGGAAUUCCACCAAAACAAGUAAGGAUCUGAGCUGUUUGACGGUAGAAUAUGCUGCCUCGGAGGAAUGUGGUGGUCUCUUCUAGGGUUGGAUCGGAUGGCUCUUGGGGGUUUCUUCCAACUUAUAUAAUUCUGUUUAACAAAAAAUAAAUACCAUCAUAUAGUACAGUGGGGACUUGACUUAAGAGUGUCUUGACUUAAGAGCAAUUUGGGUUGGAUCGGGUGGCUCUUGAGGUCUCUUCCAACUUAUAUGAUUCUGUUUAACAACAAAUAAAUACCGUAAUGUAGUACAGUGGGGAUUUUACUUAAGAGUGUCUUGACUUAAGAGCAAUUUGGGUUGGAUCAGAUGGCUCCUGGGGUCUCUUCCAACUUACAUGAUUCUGUUUAACAACAAAUAAAUACCAUCAUGUAGUACAGUGGGGACUUGACUUAAAAGUGUCCUGACUUAAGAGCAAUUUGGGUUAGAUCGGAUUGCUCUUGAGGUCUCUUCGAAUUUAUAUGAUUCUGUUUAGCAACAAAUAAAUACCAUCAUGUAGUACAGUGGGGACUUGACUUAAGAGUGUCUUGACUUAAGAGCCAUUUGGGUUGGAUCGGGUGGCUCUUGGGGUCUCUUCCAACUUAUAUGAUUCUGUUUAACAACAAAUACCAUCAUGUAAUACAGUGGGGACUUGACUUAAGAGUGCCCUGACUUAAGAGCAAUUUGGGUUGGAUCGGAUGGCUCUUGAGGUCUCUUCCAAUUUAUAUUAUUCUGUUUAACAACAAAUAAAUACCAUCAUGUAGUACAGUGGGGACUUAAGAGUGUCCUGACUUAAGAGCAAUUUGGGUUGGAUCGGAUGGCUCUUGGGGUCUCUUCCAAUUUAUAUGAUUCUGUUUAACAACAAAUAAAUACCAUCAUGUAGUACAGUGGGGACUUGACUUAAGAGUGUCCUGACUUAAGAGCAAUUAGGGUUGGAUCGGAUGGAUCUUGGGGUCUCUUCCAACUUAUAUGAUUCUGUUUAACAACAAAUAAAUACCAUCAUGUAGUACAGUGGGGAUUUGACUUAAGAGUGUCCUGACUUAAGAGCAAUUAGGGUUGGAUCGGAUUGCUCUUGAGGUCUCUUCCAAUUUAUAUGAUUCUGUUUAACAACAAAUACCAUCAUGUAAUACAGUGGGGACUUGACUUAAGAGUGCCCUGACUUAAGAGCAAUUUGGGUUGGAUCGGGUGGCUCUUGGUGUCUCUUCCAACUUAUAUGAUUCUGUUUAACAACAAAUACCAUCAUGUAAUACAGUGGGGCUUGACUUAAGAGUGCCCUGACUUAAGAGCAAUUUGGGUUGGAUCGCAUGGCUCUUGAGGUCUCUUCCAAUUUAUAUGAUUCUGUUUAACAACAAAUAAAUACCAUCAUGUAGUACAGUGGGGACUUAAGAGUGUCCUGACUUAAGAGCAAUUUGGGUUGGAUCGGAUGGCUCUUGGGGUCUCUUCCAAUUUAUAUGAUUCUGUUUAACAACAAAUAAAUACCAUCAUGUAGUACAGUGGGGACUUGACUUAAGAGUGUCCUGACUUAAGAGCAUUUUGAGUUAAGAGCUGUCGUUUGAACUGGUCACUGAACAAAUUAAACUCUUGAGUCAAGGUAUCCCUGUAUUAAGAUUUAAUUGGAAAGCACAACGGAGAGUGGGAAUUUUUUUGGAAGGAGAUUAUCACACGGCGCUGCUAAAAUGUACUGUUGUUCCACUUUAACUGUGGAAUUUUGGGGUUUAUAGUUCCGUAAGGCCCGGGAGCUGAGAAUUUUCAAAGCCGACCCCUGAACUGCAAAGCCCAGGGUUCCGCAAAAGGCAGUGCGGCAGUUGGAGCAGAGCCACAGCGCUGUAAUCAUGUCGAGUGAUGAUAAUAUCAAGCGGAAAGAGCGCUGGCUGAAGGCGGGGAAGGCCGCCAGGAAGGUGUCCGCCUUCCCAAAGAAGCCUCGGCAGUCAAUCCAGGAGACCGACCCCUUGGCCGUUUCGGGCCCAUUGCUGGAGCCGUGGGAAGGAGACCACGAGAAGCUCGCCAAGGUCAGGCCGCAGGAGAUCAGUUCUAAUUUAGUUUACCGUUCAAGCAAAAUCAUAGUGUCGCAAUUACAAAAAACAAUGGUGGAAAAUAAGCGCAAGAGUGCUUUUCUUCUGUCCUUUCAACAGAUUCAUUUCAAAAUCUUAAGAGGACAUUCCGAUACCGUGAUUUCCUGUCAUUUCUGUUUCGACGACACAAAAGUCAUUUCAGGCUCGUAUGACAGCACCGUGAAACUCUGGGACACUGUCAGUGCUCAAUCUAUUCAGACGUUUGAGAACGAGCACACUGGGCCAGUUUCUGAAUGCUGCUUGAGUCCAGAUAAUAAAAGGUUGAUAACAGCAUCGUAUGAUAAGAGUCUAAAGGCCUGGGACGUUGAAACAGGAAAAGUGCUUUGGUCUUUAGAGCAGGAUGGAGUUAUAACCACAUGUGACAUUUCUCAUGAUGGUAAAUAUGUCGUCUCUGGUUCCGAUUUGGAAAAUGCUUUGUUCAUCUGCGAUAUGGAACACGCUAAACCAGUGGCAUACAUCAGAGAGCAUCACAGAAGCACGGUGAGAAAAUGCCGUUUUGAUCCUCAUAACCAACGCAUAGCCACGAUAUCCUCAGACAUGUCUAUCAAAUUCUGGGAUAUGAUAUCACAGUCCACUACGAUAGCAAUAGAAAGCGCACACAACAACGCCGUUGCAGAUUGCUGUUUCUCCUUGGAUGGUCAUUACUUGUGCACAGCAGGUUGGGAUGAAGAUGUAAAGUUAUGGGAUAUCAGGACGGGAGAGUUUCGUUCCCACGGGCCUAUUACAUUGGAACAAGGCCACAUAGGCAUUGUUGGCUGUUGUGACAUUAGCAAAGAUGCAUCAGUUGUGGUAUCUGGAGGUUAUGACAAAACAAUUGUUAUCUGGGAUUCACGAGAAGCAUUUAAAAAGCUCACUUUGAAGGGUCAUGACGAUUGGGUGAUGGACAUUGCACUCAGUAAUGACAAGAAGAGGCUUGUUUCUUCCUCAAAGGACUGUACUCUGAGAGUGUGGGACAUUGGAAACGCAAAUGCUGUUCCUUUGGUGAUACAAGCCAUAAAAACAAGCGGUUCCAAGAUAGCAAAGUGUGAAAAUUGCGAGAAGCCCUUCCUGAUCUUUCAGAACGAGGAAAAAGAAGUGGAGACCAAAUGCGUUUUCUGUCGACUGGCAACUCAGACCGAAAUUGUUUUGCCAAGGCCUCCUCCUUUUCCUCCUGAUUUUUGAAUGCUGAUAUGUUUUCUACCUAAUUUCUACCUUUAUUUUGGUAUAUAAAAGCUAUUGUUAUCUUCUUGCAUAGAAUUCAAAACCUUUUUCUUAAUUUAAUUUUUAAUUUGGAAUUUACAAUACAGAACAUAUAACUUUUUGCAUGUGCCUCCAUCAUUGGGUUAAUCAAUAAAUGACAUUAGUAUUAGAUAAUGGUAUAACUGUAUAGAGAUUCAUUGCACGGACAUCCAGCAAAAUGUCAUUUUAAUUAAAUAAAUAAAAAUGUGUUAAUGUUUGUAAACCUGUAAAGAUGAUGAGGCAAGAAAAUAUAUAUUUAAAAAAAAACUUUUACAUGUAGAUCUGGAAUUGUUUUCUAAUAACAUAUGAAAUGUGUGAUUUGUUUUCACCGUAAUUACACAAUAAAUUACACUAGGUAACGAAACAUGAAAAAAUGUUCCUGUUCCUGCUCUGAGAGUGUUGUGUGAUACUUACUCGGAAAGUUGUUGUUGUUAUCCUACUUUGUUUGUGUGGCUGCCACAAACUAGGUUGAAUUGGUUGAGACUCAAUGGUGAGACAUUCAUUGGAAAGAGUAUUUGCCUCCUCAGGGUAUAUUUAGAAUAAACAUACACUGUGCUUUGACUGCAAUGCAAACGGGGUUGGACUCGAUAAUUCCAGCCAUGAAAGCCUUCGACAACACAUCUAUAUAUAAAAAAGGAAAAUGGCAUCGAUCCACCGAGCAAAACAA